AUGGCGCCUGGCGUCCUCGAGCCCACAGCGACUGCUGAAAAGGUGGUCUCGCUCGCCGCCCUCACCGAAAGCUACGAUGACACCCUCCGUUUCUACCUCAACGGCACAAAGGUCGAGCUGGACUCGGUAGAUCCAGAAAUCACACUACUUGAAUACCUGAGAGGGAUUGGUUUGACAGGAACAAAGCUGGGCUGCGCAGAAGGUGGGUGCGGUGCCUGCACCGUGGUUGUAUCGCAGUUGAAUCCCACCACGAAAAAGAUAUACCAUGCAUCGGUCAAUGCAUGUCUGGCGCCUCUGGCCAGUGUGGAUGGCAAACAUGUUAUCACAAUCGAGGGAAUUGGCAGCUCCAAAAACCCACAUCCUGCACAACAACGGAUUGCCAUGGCUAGUGGAAGCCAGUGUGGUUUUUGCACGCCAGGGAUAGUCAUGAGCUUGUAUGCUUUGCUCCGAAACCACGGCCCCGAGCCCUCCGAACUGGAAGUCGAGGAGAAUUUUGACGGCAACUUGUGCCGAUGCACGGGUUACAGGCCCAUCCUGGACGCUGCUCAGAGCUUCAAUAAGGCUUGUGGCAAGUCGAUUGCGAACGGCGGCUCUGGUUGCUGCAUGGAGAAUGGCAGCUCAUGCAAUGGCGCCGCAGCUGGCGAGGCGGACGGUGCUGAUGCAGCAGUCGAGAAGAAGUUCACGCCUCCGUCUUUCAUUCAUUACGACAAGUCCACGGAAUUAAUAUACCCUCCUGCACUGAAGAAGCACGAAUUCAAACCCUUGGCCUUUGGCAACAAGAGGAAGAAAUGGUAUAGGCCUGUGACACUCCAACAGUUACUCGAAAUCAAGAAUGCCCAUCCCCACGCCAAAUUGAUUGGUGGAAGCACAGAAACUCAGAUUGAGAUCAAAUUCAAAGCGGCACAGUAUUCGGCGUCGGUGUAUGUGGGGGACAUUGCGGAACUUCGACAGUAUUCUUUCCACGAUGAUUAUCUAGAGAUUGGGGGCAAUGUUGCUCUGACAGAUCUGGAGAACAUCUGCGAGGAAGCCGCGAAACACUACGGAUCUACCAGGGCGCAACCAUUCAAAGCCAUCAAAAAAGCCAUCAGAUAUUUUGCGGGACGCCAAAUCCGAAAUGUUGGCACGCCCGCCGGGAAUCUGGCGACAGCUUCACCCAUCUCAGAUCUGAAUCCAGUUUUUGUGGCAACAAACUCGACUUUGAUCGCCAAAUCUCUCACCAAGACUACUGAGAUUCCUAUGGCGACCUUCUUCAAGAGUUACAGGGUGACUGCGUUGCCAGGAGACGCUGUCAUUGCGGCGAUGAGAAUCCCGCUCGUCGCGGAGAAAGGAGAGUAUGUCAGGACCUACAAGCAAUCGAAGAGAAAAGACGAUGAUAUCGCCAUAGUCAAUGCUUGUUUGCGGGUCUCCCUGGACGACGUUUACAAAGUAAAGAACGCCAACUUGGUUUACGGAGGCAUGGCCCCUAUCACCAUUGAGGCCAAGCAGGCCUCGGAGUACAUUGUGGGCAAGACUUUCACAGACCCUCAGACGCUCGAAGGAGUGAUGAAUGCGAUGGAGCACGACUUCAACCUGCCGUUUGGUGUGCCAGGGGGCAUGGCUUGGUACCGGAAAUCUUUGGCUCUAGGCUUCUUCUAUCGUUUCUACCAGGAUGUCCUUCUCUCCAUCGAAGAAGCUAGCAAAGAGGUGGACAAAGAAGCAAUCGAAGAGAUUGAAAGAGAAAUUUCUCGGGGUGAAAAGGAUCACGAUGCAUCCGUUGCUUACGCACAAAAGAUUCUCGGAAAGGAGCACCCUCACAUGGCCGCAUUGAAACAAUGCACUGGCGAAGCCCAGUAUACAGACGAUAUUCCAACACAGAUGAAUGAACUCAUUGGCUGCUUGGUCUUGUCUGCCAAAGCACAUGCGAGGUUGCUCAGCGUUGACCCCAGUCCGGCUCUCCAGCUUCCGGGCGUGGUCGCUUGGGUUGACAGGCAUGACUUUUCCGAUCCAAAGGAGAACUGGUGGGGUGCUCCUGUUUGCGACGAAGUCUACUUUGCUGAAGAUGAAGUCUUUACAGCCGGUCAGCCUAUCGGCAUGAUCCUGGCGAACACUGCUCAGCAAGCUGCUGCCGGUGCACGGGCGGUGCUAGUCGAGUAUGAGGAGCUACCGGCGAUCUACACAAUCGAAGAGGCGAUAGAGAAGCAGAGUUUCUUCGAACACUACAGAUACAUCCGCAGAGGUGAUGUUGAGAAAGCAUUCAAGGAAUGCGAUUACGUCUUUGAAGGCACGUCGAGAAUGGGUGGCCAGGAGCAUUUCUACCUAGAGACCCAGGCCGCUUUGGCGAUUCCCAAGCCGGAAGAUGGUGAAAUGGAAAUCUGGAGCAGUACCCAGAACCCAGCCGAAACACAGGCAUAUAUUGCGAAGGCUCUCGGAGUUCAAUCAAACAAGAUUGUCUCCAAAGUCAAGCGUCUUGGUGGCGGAUUUGGCGGCAAGGAGACUCGAUCCAUUCAACUGUCCACGAUUUGCGCCGUGGCAGCUAAUAAGGUCAAGCGACCGGUUAGAUGCAUGCUCAACAGGGACGAGGAUAUCAUGACCUCCGGACAGAGACAUCCCUUCCUGGGUAUCUGGAAGGUUGGAGUCAACAAGGACGGGAAAAUCCAGGCUCUCAAAGCCAACAUCUUCAACAAUGCUGGUUGGUGCCAAGACCUGUCUGCAGCCGUUGUUGAUCGAGCACUAUCGCAUAUUGAUGGCUGCUACAACAUCCCCCAUGUGGAUGUGGAUGGACGUCUCUGCAAGACAAAUACUGUCUCCAAUACGGCUUUUCGUGGCUUUGGUGGCCCUCAAGGUAUGUUUAUUGCAGAGUCGUACAUGGAGGAAAUUGCAGACCACCUGAAGAUUCCCGUCGACAAAUUCCGAGAAAUCAAUUUCUACAAGGAGGGCGAAGAGACACACUAUAACCAAGCGCUCGAGGAUUGGCAUGUGCCCUUGAUGUACAAGCAGAUCAAAGAGUCCGCCGACUACGAUGCCCGCCGCAAAGCAGUCGACGAAUUCAACGCCACACACAAAUGGCAAAAGAAGGGAUUGGCCAUCAUCCCUACAAAAUUCGGCAUUUCAUUCACUGCCCUCUUCCUGAAUCAAGCCGGUGCCCUCGUCCACAUCUACCACGACGGCUCCGUCCUCGUCGCACACGGAGGUACCGAGAUGGGUCAAGGGCUGCACACCAAAAUCUGCAUGAUCGUGGCCGAAGCACUCCAGGUACCCCUCACGGAGGUGCACAUCUCAGAGACCGCGACCAACACUGUUGCCAACUCUUCGAGUACAGCGGCAUCGGCGUCAUCAGACCUGAACGGUUACGCAGCGUACAACGCAUGCGUGCAACUUAAUGAGCGCCUCGCUCCGUAUCGUGAAAAGCUCGGCCCCAACGCCACGAUGAAACAGCUGGCACACGCUGCGUACUUUGAUCGUGUCAACCUCUCCGCGCAGGGUUUCUAUAAGACCCCCGAAAUCGGAUAUGUUUGGGGACCAAAUCCCUCUGACCCAAGCCAAGAGAAUACAGGCAAGAUGUUCUUCUACUUCACGCAAGGUGUAACCGCCAGUGAAGUUCUUCUGGAUACUCUGACCGGGGAUUGGACCUGCCUGCGGUCAGACAUUAAGAUGGACGUUGGACGAAGUAUCAACCCAGCAAUCGACUACGGGCAGAUCGAAGGCGCUUAUGUUCAAGGCCAAGGCCUCUUCACCACCGAGGAGUCUCUUUGGCACAGGGCGAGCGGCCAGAUCUUUACCCGGGGUCCUGGUGCAUACAAGAUUCCUGGGUUCAGAGAUAUCCCUCAAACUAUGAACAUCUCUCUGCUAAAGGAUGUCGAGUGGAAAAACCUCCGCACGAUUCAGCGCUCGCGGGGGGUAGGAGAGCCACCUCUAUUCAUGGGAAGUGCAGUCUUCUUCGCAAUAAGAGACGCCCUCAAGGCCGCCAGGAAACAAUACGGCGAAGAAGAUGUGCUGAGCUUGAGGAGCCCUGCGACUCCUGAGAGAAUUAGGAUUUCUUGUGCAGAUCCGAUCCUGAAGAGGUGCUUGGUUGAGCCAAGAGAGGGCGAGAAGAGUUUCUUCGUUUCGAUCUGA